AUGGCAUGUUGGUGCUCCAAUUCUCGGGGGGCGCUUGGAAAGGGAACCAGGAAGACUAAGACCCCGGACUCAUGGUACAAAGAUCUGGCAACCUAUGGCAUUCCUAUGAACCUUGUGAAGACAGCAUUACAAACCAGAUUGUUGACUUUUCUUUGUCCAAAGGAGAUGUACUCGAGCGACCCCUCCGUUUUCAAACAUAUCAUUGACAUUGUGGUGGAUGACUGGAAGCAGCUUGAGGAUUCCGGCAUUGAGAUUCCUGCCUAUGGCACUGUGUUUCCGAUCGUUCUUGGCAACAAAGGCGACUGGAGUUACCUUACUUCAGUUUUGUCGCCCUUUACUCUGUUGAUUGUUUGGAUUUCUCCGAUGUAUCCGAGGAUAGUUGCCAAAAGAUUGAUUAGGGCAGCGCGGACUUGCGGCACACCACCACCAUGGGACGUUGAGCCCGCUUGGACACGGCUGCUGCAUGACGAGAGCCCUGGAGGCGCGCAGCGUUUCCACAGGCCUGAUGUCUGGCACACAGUGCACAUGGGCAUUGGCAAGGCAUGGGUGGCCUCAUCGGUGAAGUACGUACAAUUUCUCACCGGUGAAUCGAGCGUUGACAAGCGUGUGGCCGUUCUCAGCGAUGACUACAUGUCGUUCUGUGAGGAAAAUUCCAAAGUGAAGUACCUCAAGAAGUUUGAGGCUCACACCUUCGGCCUCAAGGCCCCUGAACCCGCAGCAUCGUGGAACAAAGCGCAUCUGACGGCGACCCUGAUGCAGUGGCUGCAAAGUUACCUUGAAAAGUUCAAGGACGCCUGUGAUGCUGACCUUCGUCUUCGGUUUAUUGCCGCUUCAAGCGUGGUUCUUGCACAUUUUGGCAUUUGGAUUGAGCGAAGCAAAGCACAAGAACUGAUCAAAGCUGGAGAGCAUUUCCUUCAAGCUUACCAGUUUUUGGCGCACAAAGCCAUUGAGGAUGGCAAGCCUGCGUUCGCCAUGUUUCCAAAAAGCCACAGGUUUCAAGAACUUGUGGAGGAAAUGGCUUACCAAAUCGAGGUUUCUCCAUACUGCUGGAACAUUCUCGCUGAUGCUUGCUUUCAGGAGGAGGACAUGGUCGGACGGAUCUCUGCGCUUACGCGCAUGGUCCAUGAUCGGCAAAUCCAAGGACUUCAGCGUGUGAACUCGCCACAAAAGUCUCCUUGGUUUCGCCGCGUCCUUGCUCUUUGCAGUGACACAGAAGGGCUCUACCCCAUCCAUCUCGCAGCCAAGUUGGGCAAACCUCAGCUGGUGAAGUUGCUCUUGCAGGAGGGUGCCGAGAAAGAGACAGAAACCUCCAAAGGCAGG